AUGCCAGCAGAGUUGGAUUCUGGUUGGCAACAGUCUGCCCACUCGUCUUCUGAAAAGCUGACUGUUUUUUCCAGAGCUGCGGCAGCUGCAAAGUGGGUGUUCUCUAUUGUGGUGUUUGGCUCCAUCAUCAAUGAGGGUUAUGUGAACACAGAUAAGUCCCCAGUGCUGCACUGCAUCUUCAACAGCAAUGAAGGAGCCUGCAACUAUGGCAUCGCAAUAGGACUGCUGGCUUUUCUGGCCUGCAGCUUCUUCCUGGUGAUGGACCUCUACUUCCAGCAGAUCAGCAGUGUGAAAGACAGGAAACGCAUUGUCCUCUUGGACCUUGGCUUUUCUGGCUUCUGGUCCUUCCUCUGGUUUGUGGCAUUCUGCUUUCUGGCCAACCAGUGGCAGCGGACCCCUGCUAGCAAAGGAGCAUCACAAGGAGGAGAUGCUGCCCGAGCAGCCAUUGCCUUCUCCUUCUUCUCCAUUAUCUCCUGGGUUGCCCUGACCGUAAAAGCCCUCCAAAGAUACCGGAUGGGGACUGACAUGUCUCUCUUUGCCACGGAUCAGUUUGGCCCCGAUCCCAUGACAGGAUAUCCGGGACACCCUCCCACUAGCGGUGGCAUCGAAAGCACAGAAACCUAUCAGAGCCCACCAUUCUCCGAGACCCUGAACACCAGCCCCAAAGGUUACCAGGUGCCAGCUUACUGAAAGGGCAGGUGACCCUCCCCAAAUGGGGUUUCAGAGCAAAGUGAAACCAGACCCAGAAAAAUGGGCUGACAUACCACAAGGUGCAAGUAUAGUCAACAGAUUGGUUGCAAAUAUAUUAAAAAGUACUUUCCUUUUCCUUUUUUUUUUUUUUUACAUGUGGCAAGUUAUGUGCUGGGUUAAAGUUACUCUUAGCUAAUGGUGCAGUGAAUUCUGUACAGUGGUUCUUGUCUUAUUUGUCCAAGGAUAUUUUUAUAUUAAAAAAAAGAGAAGGGCAACAGUGUUCCCUCUAAGCAGGAAACUCUAGAAAAGUUGUAACUCCCAUUUCCCCGACUACAGUGGCAUUUACUCAUGUGACACUUGGCAGCAAGUGCUCGAAAAAACUGGCAAGACAUAGGGGCACUGGAGAAGUGUGGGUGCCCGCCCAAAACAAGAUGCUAGCCACCACUGUGUGAUCAAAGCCUUGUUCCUUGUUUCUAGGUGUCAUGAAUACCCAAGGGCCCAGCCAGAUAGAGUGCCCAUCUCUCCUGGCCAGGUGGUACUUCAAGUACUUCCAAGGUAAUAAAAAAAAAAAAUAGUUCUCCCAGACACACUUAGACGUCUCUGUCUUUUCCUUCCCUCCUUUUCCAUUUUCUUUUCUCCUAGAAAGAACUUAGAACUAAGUUAAAAAGGAAUGUGCCAAAUUAAACUACCAGAAAGAAUAGCUGUGUUAUCUUCUCUGAUGUACAGCUGGGUGUAUACAAGUGCUAUACUUGGGACAAUAAAUGUGUAUAAAUGCUGCACAUGCGUUUCUGGAAUUCCAGGACACUUUGUUGUUUAAAUUGUGCACUUAAAAAACUAAACCUUGUUCCAGACAGGAAGCAAACCAGUAAAAGUCCUUCAACAGCAAGAAAUGUAGCAUUUGACCAACUUAGGUGCCAUCUCAAGAUUUGGUGGCUCCUAUGAUCUCCUCUUCUUUGAAAAAACAUCUUUCUUGUUGAGAAAUCAGAAAGGGGAGGGAAAGUUGGGAGGAUAUCCAAAGACAAAAGUGGAGUCUUGAUUCCAGACAGUAGGUGGCCCCCAGAUAUUGGUAAAGAUUGCUGGCAUUUGGAAUGCUCUUUUUCAAGAUGAAUGAGACCAAAAUGUUAUUCCUGCCACCCCUUUAAAAUAGCCAUGUCUCAUGUUGAGGCCACCUAUACUUUCCUCUGAAACAAAGAUCCAUGUUGGUAUAAUAAGCAUUAUAACAUUGAGAAAAUUCCCUCUUUCCUUUGCAACUCAAGUAACUGUUUCACAGGGACAGUGAGAUCCUUAAGUUUCAAAAGCAAAAAUAUUCAUAAUAUAAUUCUCCCAUUAGGGACCAGAAAUACUGAAGGCAACAAAAAAUGAGUUUUGGGUUUGAGGUGAUAUAAAACAAAGAGAAUGGAAACAGUUUUUUAUAGGAAAAAGAAAUUAUUCUAAAUAAUUUCAGCUGCAAUAGAGGAUGUGGUCUCAGGAUCCUCCUGCAGACAGGUGUCCCAGUAUUCUUUUAAAGAGCUAAAUAUAGAUUUUCCAAGUGCAAAAAACCAUUGAAGUGGAAUAAUGUAUAUUUUAGCUGCCUCGGUAUCUUGGAGUGGGAAAGACAGAAAUCAAACAGAAAUAGUAAAUAACCGAUACACAUAAAAUUUUCACAAAGAAAUUUUAAAAUGGCCGUGGUUGUAUUUCAGCCUUAAAACACACCAGAUUUGAUUUUGUAAGGUGAUCAAGUCAGCCUUGUCAAUUCAAAAACAGUGCAAGAUUGCAGAUGUUUUUAAAACAGGGUAGAAUUGAAGCAAUACAGUAUUUUCCUUAGAGAGAACACUGCGACAUUAGCAGCCCACAAAACUUGUGCUUCAGCAUUUUAGGAAGAAACCAUGCAGACUCAGAAGCAGAAUUAUCAAAUAUUUAAAUGUUUCUCUCGAUUGUACGUGUGAAAUAAAUGUCUGUUCAGUAGUGUACUUUUUUCCUAACUAUAAAGAAACCCUUUUCAGGCUACCCUUGUGCUAACUGUAAGGAAAAAAGAAAAAACGGGGCUAUUAUGUUCUGUCGGAGUGGUAGAAACGUCUUGGUCACUGUUUAUGUGCUAUAGAUUACCGUUCUGAAUGUAUGCACGUGCUGCCUACGCAUGUAUUUCCUUCCUUUCAGCCUCCCGAGCUUAAGGGGAGAGGCAGGAACCAGUUCGGUGGCUUGGGCAAAGUUGUGUCAAUGUGCCAUUCACAACUCAGACUGGCACUGAAAAUGGAAUGGACUAAAAUACACGGUGUUGUGUGGGCGUGGGUAGUACCGGAGCCAGCCUAACCCAAAACAGCAGGCUUGGCUCAAGCCAGAAGCUCCACUGUGCCCACCUCAGCCUGAUUCUGGCUCAGGGGAUGGAGCAAGAUCACCCCAAGAUGGUGGCUGGGCCGGCACUGCACUGGAAGCGGCUGCUGGUGGGCUGGAAGUGCGGGAGCUCCGGAUCCACUUCCCCAUACCUGGCAAGGGCCAAGCAGCUGAUGACAUCCAGGCACAAUUCCUCAGCACAAACUUGUAGCAAAUGGGUCAGAACAGCCAUGUUGUUUUCUGUGGCAAUUCUUUCCUUAGCUGUGGUGAAAAUGACAGUUUUUUUCUCACUGGGGGCUUUAUCCUGAACAAUUUGCUACCCCCUUCUCCAAUAUAACCUGAUACGUUAGGACUGUCCCAGUUCUAAAACUCUUUUGUGGGGCUGUUAUCACUUUCCCAAAUAAUGUUCUAAAUGAGCGUUCCAGUCCACCUGAUUUGCUCUUGGGAAGCCAAAAGGUUUCACCCCCGCCCAGAAUCACCAGGCAGGAGGAUUUACACCCAUCAUGUGGCCCUUGGCCACCGCCAAAGUUGUGAGAGAGGCUGGCCUUUUUUAGAAAAAAGUCCUGUGGAGGAGAGGUAUGGUCCGCCUCCACAGCUGAAGCCACACAAAUGCCACGUAAGCAGGACAACCCACAAGACAAGUAGAAGAUGAAGUUGUUUGGGCGAUAGGGGAACAGAGCCAGACCCAAACCCUCCAUGAUGCAGCACUUGGCCCAGCCAGGUCCCCAGCUGCAGGUUCUGGAGGCCAUAAGAAGAACAGCUCACCCUUAAGUAUUUUCUUCACUCCCCAUUCAGUCAUCCAUGGAUAGAUGUGGCCGGGGCUGUAUAUCCCUUUGUUUUGUGGAUUCAUUUCCUACUUUUUUUCACUCUUUUGUCUUUGAAUUCAAGUCAAAAUCCCAUGCGUAUAUUUACACACUUCCAAAACAGCACCCACCCUCUCCUGCCGCUUUCCUUCUGCAGAAACAAAAAGAUCCCAAACGCAAUCCAAGGUCAGAAGCCUCAGCCUUUGGCCAGGACCUCUGCCAUCGCCCUUUCUUCCUUUGCUUUUCUCCAGCUCUAUAUCAACCUGCAAUUGUCCCAGAGAGCACUGCAGGGAUAGAGGGGCAUGAUGACACAAACCAUUACCACUUCAGGAGGGGGAGGGGGUUUCCUGUGGAGUUCCAGCCAGGGACACAGGAGCCCCAUGGCCAAUACAACUUGAACCGGAGCCCUUUGGGGCGGCUGGAAGUCUCCCGAGCAGCAGCCUCAGCCCACCUAGCAGCCCCUUUUAUAUCCCUGCAAGUGGCAAGUUGGCAUUUCAAGGAUGAUUUUGCGUUGUUAAUGCUGCAAAAGCAGCAUUAAUUUUCCCUUCAGAUCAAUCCCAGCUGCAAAAGGCCUCCCUUUUCAUGGCACAGCAUUUUGGCCAAGCAAGAGAACCUUGUU